AUGACCAAGAAAAGAAGAAACAACGGCCGCAACAAGAAAGGCCGCGGCCACGUCGGUUUCGUCCGCUGCUCCAACUGCUCGCGAUGCGUUGGCAAGGACAAGGCGAUCAAGCGCUUCACCGUUCGCAACAUGGUCGAGAGUGCUGCCGUGCGAGAUAUCAGCGAGGCUAGCGUCUAUCCUGAAUACAUCAUCCCCAAGCUCUACUUGAAAAUCGCAUACUGCGUGUCAUGCGCCAUCCAUUCACAUGUCGUCCGUGUACGCUCACGAGAGGGUCGCCGUAACCGAGCCCCUCCUCCCCGCGUCCGGUGGAAGGACGGCAAGAAAGUCAAUCCUGCUGUCGUCGCGGCCGAGGAGGCCAAGGCGGCAGCUGCACGGGGCGCAUAG